AUGAAGGAAACAAAUAAAAAUAAAAUCCAGCAAUUCUCACCAAUCAGAUUGCAGAUCUACAAAGAAUUCUGGCACGCACUUUCUUCUUUCAAGCUCAACACCCAGCGGCUGGAUGACGCACCGAUACCAGUCCACGCAGGUUUCAACGCAGGCAGGGCGAUCAUCGAUAACAACACCGGCGACGUCAUUGAUACCCCGGCAUCCCUCCUCCUCGACGGUCUUGGCGGUGUCGACGGCGUCCCUCUCAGCUACGCGGCGCACGGCCACGUCCACAACAUGAACACCAUCGAGGAUUUCAAGCGCUGCGAUAAGACAGCUCUCUUCAACUCCACCCUUGACUCCAUCAAGCUGGCCAAAUCCGUUGACGAUUUGAUCCGCUUCCUCCUCAUCUCCUUCUCAGACAUGAAAAAAUUCACUUUUCACUACCUCGCAGCGACCCCUGCGGUGAUUGAUGGGGGUGCACCGUGGCUGGGGAGCAUGGCUGGGUGCGAUGCUGCUCUGGCACGCGAAAUACAGAGUGUCCAGCCGGCAGGACAGUGGUGUUGGAUUGUUCGCAGGGCAGAUGACGGUGUGCUGAGUGGUGCAUCUGUUGAUGAGUGGGAGGUGUUCCAUCGCGACACUCACUCACAGUCACACACUCACAACCACACUCCCACCAUCGCCUUCAUCGACCCCUCCUCAGGCCACGCGCCCGGAUGGCCACUGCGCAAUCUCCUCUACUACAUCUGCACACGCUUCGGUGCGCGCAAAGUUGACGUCUUUGCCAGCAGAAACACACAUUCUCUCUACGGCACGCUGACCACCGAUGCACGCGCGUACGAGCAAGUAAGUGGGGUGGGAUGGGAGAAAAACAGCUCCACGCAUAAGAUAUCUCCACAGACAAUCGACCUGAGUGCCUCACUCGAUCCAACCAAACUCGCCGACCAGGCGGUAGAACUUAAUCUCAAGUUGAUGAAAUGGCGCAUACUCCCCUCGCUCGAUCUGGACGUGAUCGGUGGGCAGCGCUGUUUGCUGCUGGGGGCGGGUACGCUUGGAUGUUAUGUCGCACGCGGGUUGAUGGCGUGGGGUGUGAGACACAUCACCUUGGUUGACAGCGGCACAGUCAGCUAUAGCAACCCUGUCAGGCAGCCGCUGUUCGAAUUCGAGGACUGCGCAGAGGGCGGGAAGCCCAAGGCGGAGUGUGCGGCGGAGCGCUUACGUAGGAUUUACCCAGGCGUACAGGCAUGCGGUGUGCAGUUGAGCAUUCCUAUGCCAGGUCACCCCUUCCCAACCUCCAGCAAGGCGCGUGUGGAGAGCGAGGUUCACCGCCUUGAUGCGCUCAUCGAUCAGCAUGACUCCAUAUUUCUCCUCACUGACUCCCGCGAGAGCAGAUGGCUGCCAACUCUGUUAGGCAAGGCGCGCAACAAGACGGUCAUAAACGCCGCACUGGGAUUCGACAGCUAUCUCGUAAUGCGUCAUGGCACACCGGUCAACAAACUCGGUUGCUACUACUGUAACGAUAUAGUCGCACCAACAGACUCACUAAGUGAUCGGACACUAGACCAGAUGUGCACGGUCACCAGACCGGGUGUGGCGCCUAUAGCUGCUGCUACUGCCGUCGAGAUGCUGACAUCACUCCUGCAACAUCCACAGCAGAAGCAUGUGGGGAGUACUCGUGCUGGUGGUGAUCAUGUGCACACCGAUGAAUCACUCCUCGGCGUUACUCCUCAUCAAAUUCGCGGCCAGCUCGGUCGGUUUGAUAACGUGCAAAUCACUGGCAUGGCUUUCGACCGCUGCACGGCCUGCUCGGAUGUCAUCCAGGAUGCAUACCACACCCAAGGGAUGGAGAUGAUCAGCAGGGCUAUCAACGAUAGUGACUACCUCGUCAAUAUCAGUGGAUAUAACAAUAGAGAGUGA